AUGGCUCUUACCCAACGCUUAUUUACUGAAGCUUUACGUGAUAUGCAACGUGCAAUGGCUGUCUUUGAUCAACCUUUAUUUGCACCUUUUCUCAACAAUGAUUCUGAUUCAAACUUUAGCAACAUUAGCUUUGGUUGUCAUGCUGCUACAGACAUGAUUGAGAAGCCUGAAUUUUAUGAGCUUCAGGUUGAGAUUCCUGGUUAUGACAAGAAGGAUAUCAAGAUUGAAGUAUCUGAUAGUCAGCAAGACAAGGAUCAAAAGCAACAAACUACGGAAGUUACUCAACACAACAGUCCUAAAUGGUGGUUGAAUGAACGUGUUGUUGGCUCCUUCACAAGAUCUUUCAACUUCCCCAACCCAAUUGAUGCUGAACAAAUCAAGGCUUCCUGUCAAGACGGUAUCCUCAAGUUAAUCAUCCCCAAAGGCAAUAAGAACCAAUCUCGAUUGAUCAAUAUCGAAUAA